AUGAGAACCGCAACUGUUGUCCGUGAUACGAAUGAGACCAAGAUCCAGAUCGCCCUGUCACUUGACGGUGGUGCUGUAAAGCUUGAAAAGUCUUUGUUUCCUGGAAAAGAAGACCACCAUGCUACUCAAGCUACUGGAUCUCAGGUUAUCAAUGUCCAAUCUGGUAUUGGAUUUUUAGAUCAUAUGCUCCAUGCUCUGGCAAAACACUCUGGUUGGAGUCUUGUACUGGAGUGUAUUGGAGAUUUACAUAUCGAUGACCACCAUACUGCUGAAGAUUGUUCUAUUGCUCUCGGUCUCGCCUUUAAAGAGGCUCUUGGACCAGUUAGAGGUGUUAAAAGAUUUGGUAGUGGGUUUGCCCCCCUUGAUGAAGCUCUUUCUAGAGCAGUAGUUGAUCUUUCCAAUCGUCCUUAUGCAGUUGUUGAACUUGGUUUGAAGCGAGAGAAGAUUGGUGACUUGAGUUGUGAAAUGAUUCCUCAUGUCCUUGAGAGUUUCGCACAAGGAGCUGGCAUUACCAUGCACGUCGAUUGUCUCCGAGGCUUUAAUGACCAUCACAGAGCUGAAAGUGCUUUCAAAGCUCUUGCUGUUGCCAUUAAAGAAGCUAUUUCACAUACAGGUAAUAACGACAUUCCUUCCACCAAGGGUGUUCUUAGGUAG